AUGCCCAAAUCGGCUUCUUGCAGUAUUGUGCGAAUUGCAGUGCCUAUGCACUACUCGCGAGUAGUCUGGAGAGAAGAGUUGAUAUUUACUAAAAUAGAAUGUGGCUCUGCUUUCUCCGCCAUCGCUGGGCUCACUUUGACCUCGUCAAAACGACCUCAGCACACCCAACGAGAUGUGUGCUACCCAACCUAUCUUCUGUCGACCGACUCGGAUUAUAUCCCACCGAAUGUCAACUAUCUGGCGGAUUCCUUCACUUUAGUCUGUCGAAUGCCUCGGCUCGUGAGCGGCAUGUAUGAGUUGGGAUUCUGUGUUGCCCAAUUGUAUGCAGCAUGUGCUUCUCAAUGUCGUAUGUCCCCACCUCCCGGCCACCCCGGCGGAUACAGUCAUUGCAGUGACUUUCUAUUUAACAAGCAGGUUGACUACGAAAGACUGAGUUAA